CGACAAAAUAAGGAACAUCUUUUACACAUUUAUUUAGGUCAUGAAUUCGAGUUUCAUUUUAUUAGGUUAGAACCGAUACCGGGCAUGCAGGCGGAUAUUUGUAUUAAUGAAGUUAAUUUUCAUACUGUAAAUACUAUGUGUAUUCCAAACAGGGAUCUCAACUCAAACCAAAACAGCACAUAUAAUAACUAUGUUCACAGUACUGAUUUUUCUUACCAUUCGUUUCAGGAAGUUCAAAUUGAGCCUCAGCUAACAGAUUAUUCUAGUGAUUCGGUUCUCCACCUUCACCUAUCCACUAACGAAAGUUCGUUAUCCCCUCCGGUCAGCCAUCUUGAUAAAGAGCCUCUGGGUUCAUUUCCCGACACUGUAUCAUUUCGGACUGAAAGUGAACACAUCGAAGCCCCUGUUCCGCCAGCAUUUGAGACACCGACAUUACAGCGCUUUUCCCCAACAGCAAUCUACGAGACAAACAAUCUGAGCUCCACAGAGAAAGACAGGUUAUCUCCCCCAAGUCUAAAUUCAUCAUUUUAUUUAUCUCCACCUUCUCUAACUCCUAUUACAGAUAUGAUAAAGGAUUCAAAGUCAGAGGAACAGCCACCAUUAUUAUCACCUGUUCGCUUGAGGUCUAACGUGCGACCCCCUAAAAAGUUCACACCCAGUGAUUAUGUCAGGGCACGUAAGCAAAUUUUUCCCGAAACAGAAAAUGUAAACCGUAAGCAAUUCACCGAUUUACCUUACUUCAUUCAGCGCAAUAUUUUGUCUCUUGUAAUAUACAAAAAUUUCAACAUGUUUUUGACUUUAAUAAGGGUUUCAACACACUUCAAGCAUUUGCUAGGCACCCUUCAUAAUUUGUGUCCUAAAAUUUACUUAAAUGAAAAUGUCAUGCUUUUAUUGGAAGGUAAAUCUGUGUUCCCAGAGGGCGUAAGGCACAACUGGUCUCUUCGUCAGUUGGGUCGAGUGUCAGGUGCGGGUAGUGGCGUAAUGAUGGAAUUACGGAAUGUAUUGCGACCGAUUUCUUCCCGAUGGAUUAAUGGUUACAUCGAGAUACUGGCAACAGCAAUCGCCGGAUGGUACUAUAUUGUCGAUUUUAAAUUUAAAAAAUAAAGGAUAAAACGUGCAAAUCUUCCCGCAUAAACGCGUUCAAUAUCGUGCUUAUUACCUAAUAAUUUAUAAACACUGUCAGUAUAUGGUGGUAUGGCCUUUUCCCUCUGAUUAGGCUUCCAGUUGGAGCCACCAUUCGCGCCAAAUGCAUAACGUAAUGCUAAAAUGUGGUACGGCCUGUCUCCUUACGAGCUGGUUUCCAGUUGGAGCCACAUUUCGCGGAA